CCGCGAUGGGCGACCUGUACGGGUUGCGGAACGCGCUCUACCUGGGCAACUACCAGCAGGCGGUCAGCGAGGCGAUGAGCCUCGGCGCGAGCACCGAGCGCGACUUUUUCAUGUACCGCGCGCUCAUCGAGCAGGGGCAGCACCGGGUGGUGAUGGACGAGGUGGGGGCGCAGGCGCCGGUCGCGCUGCAGGCGGUCAAGAUGCUCGCGUCGUACCUAUCGGGCGUCUCCAAGGAGGCGGUGGUAGCGCAGCUCAAGGAGUGGCUGACGGACGCGACCGCGCAGGACAACUGGCAGUUGAUCCUCGUGGCGGCGACGGUGUUCCUGCACGAGAGGGACCACAAGGAGGCGCUCAAGAUUUCACACCAGUCCACGCAGAUCGACGUGAUGGCCCUCGUCGUCCAGAUCUACCUACAAAUGGACCGCCCCGACCUCGCGCGCAAGCUGGUCAAGUCGAUGCAGGAGCAGUACGACGACGACACGCUGACAAAGCUCUCGCACGCGUGGACGAGCCUGUGCGAGUCGGGAGGCGAGACGGCGCAGGAUGCGCUGUACGAGUUCCAGGAGCUGGGCGAGAAGUACCACAUGUCGCUCAUGCUGCUCAACGCGAUGGCCUCGUGCAACAUGCACAUGGGCCGCUUUGACGAGGCCGAGAGGCUGCUGCAGGAGGCGCUGUCGCAGUCGCCGAACGACACGACCUCGCUCAUCAACCUGGUGGUCUGCCUCAACCAGCUGCAGAAGCCGGCGGAGGUGAUCGGGCGGUACACCUCCCAGCUCAAGAUCUCCGCACCCGCACACCCGUGGGUCGCGAAGUACGGCGAGCUCGAGACGAGCUUUGACCGGUGCGCCAACCAGCUGAGCAAAGAGUGAGCGCGGCCCCAGGAGUCGGGAGCGGGGCGACAGAUCACGAACCGCUCUGGCCGCGUGCCGGUCUGCGAGAGUGUCUAGAGAGGGCUGUGGUAGGAAUCUGUGGGCUAUGGCCUGGCCAAUUCGGCAAUUGUGCUAUGGUGCACAAGCCUCGCUGCUGACAGGCGGUUCGUGAGUGAAAUUUCAAACUUUCACUUUCACAUGUGAAUUCAUGAG